GCCCCGUUGUGCAUCAUCACCGCCGCCGCAACCAAUCCCACCUACCCUCUGUUCCCCCCCUUCCCCCUUUUCCCUUCUCUUUCUUUCCUGCUCGUGGCCAAUCCUGGUCAAUUAUUCGUCGUCUCAAUUCAUUUACCUGUGAAUCCACAAAGAAGAUGAUCGAGCUGCGGCGCAGGGCACGACAACGAUGAUAAUCCGAGCCGUUACCAAGGCUCCCUUGGCCUGCCCCCGGGGCAUUACACACAUACAGCUCUGCCGCCGGCCGUGGCUCCCCCAGAGCCCGCGAGCCCCGAUCCGCAUCUUCCAGACGAGCGCGCCCUCGAGACGCGAGCAACCAAAGAACCCCGCCGCGACAACGACGACGACGACGACGACGACGACGACGUCUAGUGAUGGAGUCGCCGACAAGACAUCGGGGAAGCCGUUCAAGGUAGAGCCCGCAGCAAAGGCCAAGAAACCGGUCGAUCCUAUGGCCAUCCCCGAGAAGAACGCGCAGGAGCAGCGCAAGGCCGACUGGGCAAUCAUGAAGGAGAUGUCGCGGUACCUGUGGCCCAAGGACAGCAUAGGCACCAAGUUCCGCGUCGGGUUGGCCGUCUCGUUGCUCGUCGGUGCAAAAGUCCUCAAUGUCCAGGUGCCCUUCUACUUCAAGAGCAUUGUCGAUUCCAUGAACAUCGACAUCGGCGCGACCGGCGGCACGGCGGCAACGAUAGCCGGAAGCAUGGUUCUGGCAUACGGCGCCACGAGGAUCGGUGCCACAAUCUUCCAGGAGCUUCGCAACGCCGUCUUCGCCUCGGUCGCCCAGAAGGCCAUCCGCAGAGUCGCCUGCAACGUCUUUGACCAUCUGCUGCGGCUGGACCUCAGCUUCCACCUGUCCAAACAGACGGGAGGUCUGACGAGGGCGAUUGAUCGCGGAACCAAGGGAAUCAGCUUCCUGCUGACGAGCAUGGUCAUCCACAUCCUGCCGACGGCCCUGGAAAUCUCCAUGGUCUGCAGCAUCUUGACCUGGCAGUACGGCGCAAAGUUCGCCGCCAUCACCAUCCUGACCAUGGUCGGCUACACGGCCUUCACCAUCUGGACGACAGCCUGGAGGACAAAGUUCAGGAGACAGGCCAACGCCGCCGACAACAAGGCCUCGACCCUCGCCGUGGACUCCCUCAUCAACUACGAGGCCGUCAAGUACUUCAACAACGAGAAAUUCGAGGUCGCCAGGUACGACAAGGCCUUGCAAGCCUACGAGAAGAGCUCCAUCAAAGUCGCCACGUCUCUGGCCCUGCUCAACAGCGGUCAGAACAUCAUCUUCUCAUCCGCCUUGACUGCCAUGAUGUAUCUGGCCGCCGACGGCGUUGCCCACGGCACGCUCAGCGUUGGCGACCUCGUCAUGGUCAACCAGCUGGUGUUCCAGCUUUCGGUUCCGCUCAACUUCCUUGGCUCCGUUUACCGCGAGCUCCGUCAGUCGUUGCUUGACAUGGAGACCUUGUUCAGCCUGCAAAAGGUCAAUGUCUCCAUCAAGGAUGCGCCUGACGCGAAACCUCUGGCCCUGUCCAAGGGCGGCGAGAUCAGAUUCGAGAAUGUCACGUUCAGCUACCAUCCCGAUCGCCCCAUCCUGCGCAACCUCACGCUCACCAUCCCGGCCGGCAAGAAGGUUGCUGUCGUCGGUCCCAGUGGCUGCGGCAAGUCCACCCUUCUCCGCCUGCUCUUCCGUUCCUAUGACGCCCAGUCCGGCCGCAUCUUCAUCGACGACCAGGACAUCCGCCAGGUCCAGGUCGACUCGCUCCGCCGGUCCAUUGGAGUUGUUCCUCAAGACACUCCCCUUUUCAACGACACCAUCGAGCACAACAUCCAAUACGGUGACAUGUCAGCGCCCAAAGAGCGGGUUAUUGCCGCCGCCCAGCGCGCACGCAUUCAUGAGAUCAUCGAGCGAUUCCCCGACGGCUACCAGACCAAGGUCGGAGAGCGAGGCAUGAUGAUCUCUGGCGGUGAGAAGCAACGUCUCGCCGUGAGCAGGCUGCUGCUCAAGGACCCUCCCCUGCUGUUCUUCGACGAGGCGACGAGCGCUUUGGACACCCACACCGAACAGGCCCUCAUGCUCAACAUCAACAGCAUCCUGCGCGAAAAGGCACGCACCAGCGUUUUCGUCGCUCACAGGCUGCGGACCAUUUUCGACGCCGACCUCAUCAUCGUGCUCAAGGAGGGCAACGUUGCCGAGAUGGGCACCCACAGAGAUCUCAUUGACCAGGGCGGGUUGUAUGCUGAGCUCUGGAGCGCCCAGGAAACGCUCUUCGACACAGACGGACUGGAGAGAGAGCAGUCGGAAGAGGGCGAUGCCGCAGUGAAGCCGCCCACAGCGAAAUAAGCACCUCACGUCCAAGAAGUUUUUGAGAUAUACCACAUUAUAGAUGCGUUUCUGAGUAACGUCCUUGUGCGGUUCUCACUACCAAUGCUUGCCCUACCCAGGUUCUGCGGAAACUAAUGUCGCCCGCCUCGUUUUUGCUUUCGUAAUGUGAUGUUAACGCCAAGUAAGCGUUUGCAGACAUGAGGAAGCAUAAGACUGUGAGAAAGCAUUGAAACCACUUAUAACUGUAUAUUACAUACAUCCCCUUGCAAGUCUAGCCUUCCAGCGGUAGCUACGGGCGAAAUAGACUAUCGUCGGUUUUCUUCCUCGGAACGCGGCCCCUCGCCGACCUCCUCCGAGGACGAAACGAUACCCCUUCCUUCCAACCAGCGAUCCUUGCCCUCUCAUGAUGGAAUGGCAAACCGGAGCCUCUUGGGUCCGAAGCCGUCAUCCACGUGUCCUUCACGUCUUGAGGUGUGUAAGACGAACCUCUUGUGCUAGGAGAUCUGAAGGCCUUGGACACCCAUGCGGGAACCAAAUCCCACUUGUAGCCGUAGACAAAUGCGAGUCCCAGCACACCCAACGUCACCGACAACGCUGAGGUCCAAAAGACUUUUUGGUCCCGGUCGAUGUCCCUAAUGACAGUGGUGUUUAUCCCGAAGAAAUUCGUGAUGAAUGAUCUGGUUAGGAGGAAGAGGUCCGGGGUAUUAGUAGCAGAGCUGGACUAGCAGAUAGGUAAUGUUGGCUCUUAUAGAGGUGAAAAGAAUAGA